AUGCGCGUUCAAACCGCACCGAACGAACAGGACGCUGCAGAUUUGCAGAAUUUUGCCGAUUUCCUGCUCAGCAUCGGAGAGGGCCGUCAUCCGACGUUCGAGGGAUUCGACGCCACGUACGCGAAGCUUCCUCGGGAUAUGGUGCAGCCCCGAACUAGCAGCCUGCAGGACGAUGUUCGAUCGUUGAUCAAUCGCGUGUACCCUGACGUCGGACGGCAUUACCGACAAGCAGGCUACUUCAAGGACCGUGCCAUCCUGUCGCCGUUGAACGUGGACGUAACCGCUGUAAACAACAGUGUGUUGGAGCAGAUACCAGAACGGGAAGUAGAGUAUCGUUCCAUCGACACCUUGGUGAACCCCGAGGAACAGGAUACUCUACAGCUACCCACUGAGUAUCUCAAUGCCCAAAACAUCAGCGGCAUUCCUGUACAUCGGCUGCGGUUGAAGCAGUAUACGCCCGUCCUUCUGCUCCGGAACCUGAAUACCGAGCGUGGCCUGUGCAAUGGGACGCGCCUCCAGAUCGUCGCUCUUCGGCCGCAUUGCAUUCAUGCACGGAUUCUGACGGGCAAGCGUCAGGGGGAAGAUGUGCUGUUGCCCCGCAUCUUCUGUGACAGCAACGACUCCAGCAUGCCGUUCCAGAUCCGACGCAAGCAGUUCCCGGUGCAAGUAUGUUUUGCAAUGACGGUCCACAAGGCACAAGGUCAAUCUCUCCAUCACCUUGGACUGUACCUGCCAACCGAGGUGUUUGCACACGGCCACCUUUAUGUUGCCCUAUCGCGAGUAACUUCGCGACCCAACAUAACGGUGUUGAUCUUGGAUCCUAAACGGGAGGACGCAGACGGUGUUGCUGCCAAGAACGUCGUCUACCACGAAGUGGUUCGUGAUUGA